UGGAACGGCAGGUUGGGGGGAGAGAGGGCGAGCGGGCGACAGAGCGAGGUGUCUACCCUUCAUGGCUCAGGUCAAUCAGCACAGCCGUCAGCCUGGCAGCGGCCAGCAAGAAGCAAGGGGGUUGCUGCUGCAGUCCGCCCACCACGGUGCGCGGCCCCCCAUAGACGCUCGGAAAACUUCCGUUCGGAGCAGAAUCAGCGGAGGCAGCGGAAGCGGAGAAGUUGGGGUAGCGGACGAGCUCGGCCGCGGAAGCAAGAUCCUGGCUUGGUAUAUGUUGUUGUUGGUCUAUGCGUAUCUAUUUUGGCUGGCUGGACAGAGGGUCAACUACGCGCUCGUCCACGUGGAGAACAAGUUUGAUGUCGCCAGGACUUUGGGGGGUGCCUUGAUGUGCCUUACGGUGCCCCUGGCCACCUACCAGAUCGUGCUGCAUCUGUCCAAUUUCGUGGAGCCGCGACAACAAAGCCAAAUCGUGCGUAUCGUCUUCAUGGUGCCGACCUACAGCGUCACCGCCUUCCUGUCGCUCCGGUUCAUGCACUGGUCACUGUUUAUCGCGACGGUGCGAGAUUGCUACGAGGCUUACGUGAUUUACUGUUUCCUUCACUUUCUGGUGGGGACGCUGGGAGAUGGCUUGCCCGCGGCGAAUAGCCGAUUGGCGGCCAUGCCGCCGGUGGUCGGGCGUCACGUGCCCCCGUUCUGCUGCCUGGAGCCGUGGCAAAUGGGCAGGGAGUUCCUACAGAGGUGCCAGGCGGGCGUGUUUCAGUACGUGUUCAUCAGACUCGUGAGCACUGCCGUAGCGCUCGCCCUCCAGCUGGGGCACCUGUACACGGAGGGGGACUUCGACCCUAAGCGGGGGUACCUGUGGAUCACAGUCGUCACUUGCUGCAGCCAAUCGUGGGCCCUUUACGUCCUCGUCCUUUUUUACCGCGCUACGUACAAGGAGCUGGUGCAUAUUCAUCCCAUGGGCAAGUUUCUGGCCAUCAAGACCAUCGUCUUCUUCAGCUGGUGGCAGGGCAUCUUGAUUGAGAUCCUGGAGGGCCAGGGACACUUCAGGAGCGUCGUUGGUGUGAGCAGCGGCGAAGGAGGUGACCUGUCUGAACAUGACCCCUCGGAGCAUGUAGCACAGGGCAUCCAAGACCUGCUGAUCUGCCUCGAGAUGUUGGUCGCGGCGGUGUUCUUCUUUUAUGCGUUUCCGCUGAGCGACUACCUCAAGAGCCCCCACGACAGCCAGGCCAGCCCCUCCCCCCCUCGGCAGGCGGAGCAGCACGGUGUCGGGUUUCACAGUGGUGGGGAGGGGGAGUCGCGGGUUGAAGUGCCCCUCCCAGGCACCAAGGCGAAGAGGACGGACGGCGGGACCAACACGAAGCGCAAGGGAGUGUCAGGGCAGGCCGCGGGGAUGCCGCUCACGUAUCACAAGAGCCACCCUCGCCUCGACUUGAUGAACAUCCGAUCAGCCACGUCUUCAUCUUGUGCGCAAUUAAGAACCGCCAGGCAGCAAACCAGAUUGCCGGUGUGGGAAGCCCUCCGGCAGUCGGCCUGUCCGAUGGAGCUCCGGGUUGACUUAGGGAAGACGAGGGAGAGCGUCAGAGCUCAGCGCGGCCGCGUGUGCGAGCAUUUCGCGUUCCUGACGAAGAGGAAGGUGGAAGCUAGAACGGACGGCGGCGUGGCGUCCUUGGCUAGGGUCAUGACGUUGUGACUAACUGCUGCAAGGGACAUGAGGAUGGGUUUAUUCUUGGAAGGACCGAGGAUUUGUGGAGGUGGCAUAGUGACGUGCUUGGGAGGGAACAGACACAAAGGGGUGGAGAGAUGAGCACCGCCAACACCGCGCCGCUUGCGUUUUUGCCACUGUUUGUACUGUACGACGAGGCUUGUUUCUUUGUUGACUCCGCAGGGCACGCGGUGUCUCCCUCUGCUGGAGUGCGAGGAUAUGCUAUUGUGUGAAUUUGGCUUGAAUAGCCGGUACGGGUUGGUGGAAGCCGCGACUAAGUCGCGACUCAGGUGCUAUGCUCUUAGUUUUGCAGACGGUUAUUUCGACGUCCGUGCUUGGUGGUGGCCUUCGGUUCGUGGUUCGUUAGCCCUAUACUUACAUCUCCUAUACUAGUAAUCGGGUCGGCUGCGUUGUGCUGUGGUGUAAAUGUGGACUAUGAGGAAAAAUUGUACACUAGCUCGUGAUGUCAACCUCAUACUUGGUGUGCUUGUUGUGAAUUGUAUGGCUCGGUUCAGGCGAGAGGUGGUUUUGUUGUCCUCGGUAGAUGCGAGGGCUGCGUUAGCCGUUUUGUGUACGCGGUGUAGGUUCCACAGGAAGAUGAGGAAGGCCAAAACCGCCAACCGGGAAGCAUCCGUUUUGGGCCGACCGCCCUGUCGAUACCGCUAGGCCUCUCGCUCUGCUGCAUUCGGUUCGGUUCGGACGUGACCGAUCCAAAUCAACUUGUCAUCGUGCCGCUCUUCCUCACAUCGCGUUACG